CCCUUCUCGGUUUCUCCUCUCCCAUUCAGCCUGCCCACGCUCUCCUCCCUCGCCGCCCCCUUUCCCCCCUACCGCGCUCUGCCGCGAACCCUAGCGAGGAUCCCAAACACCAUGGACGCCUGGAGCGGGGUCUCGGCGGACGCCGCCGCCGCGGGGGCGAACGGCUUGGGUGGCGGGUGGAGGGCAGACGUGGAGGCCGCUGCGGCGACGAGCGGCCUGGGUGGCUGGGGUGAGGCCUCCGCCGAGCUGCUGGAUGUCGAGGCAUAUGUCGCGCCGUACUCUGGCCGGACCCGCUUGGCGCGCCUCAUGGCCAUCUCGUACAAGUGCGGGGUGGAGGCGAUCCAGUUCGAGGCGCUGCGGGUGGCGCACGACGAGGCCAAGGCUGGCGAGGACACGAUGUUCUACCUCUACGUCGUCCGCGAGAUCGACGGCCGCCUCGGCCAGGGCUACCUCCUCGACCAGGCCUGGGUCGACUCCGUCAACCGACGCGCCGAGCAGCGCAAGGAGACGCUCCUGAGCCAACUCCAAAUCUACCAGAGCAACCAGAUCAAAGAGAGCAUCAGAAUGGGUUAUAACCAGAUUGGCGACUUCUAUUUUGCUCAUGGCCACCUUUCAGAAGCCUUUAAAAGCUAUAUUGCGACAGAAGAACACUGCAGUACUUCUGAGCACGCAAUCCAGAUGUGUAUGAAUGCUAUACAUGUCAACCUUGAAUUGUGUGAUUUUGCCCGUGUGCUCAAUUAUGCAAGCAAGGCAAAGGGGUCUCAAGAUCCACUCAGUCCGAUCACUACUGCGAAGCUGCAAGCGGUGGAGGGAUUGGGCUAUCUUGGCCAACAGCAAUAUAAACUUGCUGCCCUACAGUUUAUCAAGACAGGACCUGAACUAGGAAGCAACUAUUCUGAAGUCAUAGCCCCGCAAGACGUCGCUACGUAUGGAGCCCUCUGUGCUCUUGCAUUGUUUAAUUACACUGAAAUCAAGACAAAAGUUGUGGAGAAUGUUCAAUUUGGAUCUUUUCUGGACCUUGUUCCUGAAGUUCAAACAUUUGUGUUUUUCCAAGUACUUUGUGUGUGGGCUAAGUUGCUAACAUGCAUUUGCAUUUUUCAAACCACCAGUCAGCGUAACACAUGCAUGGAGGUUCUUGAGAGACUUAAGCAAAGACUAAUGAUGGACCUCCAUCUUGGUCAUCAUAUGGACUUUCUUUGCUUGCUCAUUUCCCAGAAAUUGGAAUUUAUGCCCUCCACCGUUUGUGACUUCUCCACACUCUAUGACUUGCUCAUGAAGACUCCGAGCCCCAUCAAUGAGGAACAACCUCGUGUUAAUGCUAACGGGCCUCAGCUGAAUUCGGCUUCUAAUCUAAUACUGCCUGAAAAUUUUAAUGAUGAGACACUUCUCGCUGAAUCAUCCCAUUACAAGUUUCUCAAGUCAAAAGAUCUAUUUGACUCACUUGGGAGAAGAAAACAAAACUGGGUUUCUACUUGUCAGGCACGAGCUUUGCUCCAGAAUGCUAUAUUGUUUGUGGUUGAUGAUUUCGACAGUGAUGCAAGGGAUGCAAGAAGAACUGAUGGUCAAGUACUUAUCAGAUGCAAGAUUCAGUAUGUUGAAAGUUGUAUUUGGCAGUUACACCACCACAACCAAGCCAUUAAAAGAGAAGCUCAAGAGCAAAGAAGAUGCUGAGAUUGUUCGGUUUGAAAUGAGGAGACAUUUGGGCGAGGAGAAGGAUGUGCUUGCGGGAUAACCCUGACUUCCACUUGCUACAGUGGAGAAAGACUUCAGGACUCAAGCGAGCGCAAGUGAGGCAACAAGAGGAGGCGUCAUCGCAGGACAGCAAUAGCAACAGACUCCUUGAACAAGUGCAACUGACCGUGAAGAACCUUGUGGAGGAGCUGAAAAUCAACACUAGAGCAGUGACGGAGUCAAGUCAGGCAAUUGCAAAGUCAUGCCAAGAUGUGGUGGAGGCCUGUAAGUUGACCGUGGCCAGCACCAGCACGGGUGCCGGUGUAGUGAACUGAGCGCGGCGAGUCUAGGUGUACUAGAAGAUGAGUAGUGGUCGUGCGGUUUGUAACAUGUUCCAUGUAGAUGAGGCCUGUAAGUUGACCGUGGCCAGCACCAGCACGGGUGCCGGUGUAGUGAACUGAGCGCGGCGAGUCUAGGUGUACUAGAAGAUGAGUAGUGGUCGUGCGGUUUGUAACAUGUUCCAUGUAGAUGAGUGCCAAGGAGCAAGUUCUAUCCUGCUACCACUAGAUUGUCUCAGUCCUUGUAUUUCAGCCAAAUGUUUUUGUCAGAUUCUCAGUGCCAACUAUUGUGCCAGCAUUAGAAUGUAGACGGACGGA